AUGAGGAAAACCGUGCUACUCGUCUUUAUUCACGGCUUUAAGGGUGGCGAUGAUACUUUUGGCACGUUCCCUGAGCAGUUUCGCGUCCUUGCAAGCAAAGCACUUCCUGCUGUAGAGGUCGCCACAGCUGUUUACCCCAAGUAUGAGACUAAGGGUGACUUGAAAGAAUGUGUUGCGAGAUUGCGAGAUUGGUUACAAGAUACUGUGAUUGAUCUUGAAGUCGCCAACCAUACCGCAUCACCCACCGUCGAUCCCUCGGUCCAUGUCUUUCUGAUCGGUCACUCGAUGGGAGGAAUAGUAGGAGCGGAGGCCCUGCUUUUAUUGGCCGCGGAACAACCAAUUGCUCGGAAUCCGACUUCAACUACACAGCCUGGGUUCACAGACGGCACUGAAUAUAUCGUGGAACCGGGUACUUUCAUGUUCCCUCAUAUACAAGGAGUGCUUGCAUUUGAUACCCCAUUCUUGGGAAUAGCGCCAGGAGUCGUGUCAUACGGCGCAGAAGGACAUUACCGCAAUGCUGCAACUGCCUACAACACCUUCUCCGAGGCUGCAGGGUUAUUCGGUUACGGUGGGAAGGGUAAUGCAUCAAAUCAGGGGAGCACCAACGCACCUCCGCAAGAGCACCCUAAAGGAUUGCCUUCCACAUCCGACGCCGCCGCGACACCUCCUUGGCAACGAUGGGGUAAGUAUGCAAUGUUCGCCGGCGCGGCUGGUGCUGUUGCCGCUGGCGGUGCAGCCAUAUAUACACAGCGCCAGAAGCUCACCGAUGGAUUCGGAUGGGUAUCAUCGCACCUUGAGUUUGUCGGUUGUCUCGCGCGUACAUCAGAAUUGCACCAGCGUAUCGUGAAAUUGUCGAAUGUUAAGCAGGAACGCGGAAUCGGGUGUGUGAACUUCUACACAUGCCUCGGAAAAAGUGCGACGAGUCUGGUGGAAAACACAUCAGCAAACAAGACAUCCUUCAGUCAAAAAAUCAUCAGGUCGAGGAACAGGACGUUCUGUUCAUUGCCAGAGGAGGUGGAACGUGGCGAGGAAUCUCGAAGUCCAGGACUUUUGUGGACCAGGGCCGUUAACGACCAGGCGACUGACGAAACCAGCGCGCAUGUCACCAUGUUUCUGUACAAACAGAAUCCUGCAUUUUUUGAGAUGCUCAGUGAAGCGUGUGCGGUCUUGGUUAAAUCGAUAGACAAAGGCUGGUAUGAUUCGUCCACCGAACCAGUCGAGAAAGACGAUAUCAAGCACCCACAUGCAAGAUAG